AUGCAGGAAGAGUAUGAAAAUGCUGUAAGCAAUAAAAGAUGGGACAAGAAGCGAGAGUGUUAUGUCAACAGAGAUGGUGAACCUGUCAUCCACAGGAGGGACAUAGUUCAUGAUGAUGUUCUUCUAGUAAUUCCUCGAUCCAGCGAAUGCUAUUCAAAUGUUGAAAAAGAUAAAACGUAUGUGAAAAGGCUGGAUAAAAUCAUAAGAGAUGCCAUGACAUCAAGUUUGAGGAAGAGGGAUGAAGGAAGAAUGAAGAAAAAUGUUGAGUGUAUGGUAGAAGAGUUGAAGAAGGUGGCUGAAGAAGUGAAAGAAAAAGAAGAGGAAGUUGAAGAAACAGUUGUUGUGAAUGAAGAAGUUGUGAAAGAAGCUGCUACUGAAGAACAACAAUUUGAUGAGAUGAAGAAGAAAGAAGAAAAAGAAGAAGUGAAGAUAGAGAGGUUGAAUGCUGAUGUUGGUGUUGAUGCUGGUGAUGAGAAGAAGAGUGAAGCUGAUCAGAAGCAGACGGAAACAAACACCGAAGUGCCAAUCACUGAGUUGAAGAAAAGCUUCCCUAAAGGGAUCACACCUAAAGUUGAGCCUUCAUCUCUUUGA